AAUCUAAACAUAGAUAUUUCUGAUGAAAAUUUAGUAUCCCAACAGAGACUUGCUGGAAGGACAAAAUAUAUCACAUUUUUAAGACAUUGUACGGUAAAUAAGGAACAUAUAUCUCAGUAAUUUGAUUAUUGAAAUAACAUUUUGAAAAUACCGCACUAAAACGUUGAAACUAAUUUCACCAGUUUCUUCGUACUUUUUGUGGCUACUGCAAAAUUUAAAGUUAUGUGUGUGGCUGCAUUAUAUUCCGAGCGGACAAGCCCGACCUGGCAAGGCCUGGCAAAUGGUAAAAGCCACCAAAAUGGUGGCAUAUGAGCUGCAUGACAGGAACGAGAAUGAUCUUCCUUUGUGAAGAUUAGCAAUACUUGACAUCAAGUAGGUCUUCAAAACACAGGACUACCUAAUGCUGAGAAUUACUCCUCCCGAUUACAGUGUCGCAUUUGUUUUUGUGAGCGCCUUAAGUUCCUUUUCCGACAAGAAAGGCUGGCAGACAAUUCUGAUAGGGAUGAAGGAAUGGAGCAUUGGGGCUUGCCUAGGCUGUAAGGUGAAGUUUUAGAAUUGUCACUUGGGACUCGGUCCCACGCCCAGAAAACGCAAACAGUCCGAAGUUUCCACACUGGCCACGCCAGUCCGCGACCCAUGGCGGCUCCCAAGGCUGAGCCGACCUAGCCGCCCACACCCGCGACCUUCCCCGGAAGCGUUUCCAUUUCAUUCCCUCAAGUCCGCAAGGCGCCGGGUGGGUCCCGAGCGCCCAACUCAGCCAUAAAGGCGGCCCCGGGAAAACGCUCUCGGAAGCGGGUAGGGGCCCAGGCCCACGCUGCCCGACGUCCGCAGGCCAGGGGCAGGGGCAGAGGCAGGGACGGAGCAGGAACAAGCGAAGGUGGCGGCGGCGGGCGGACGCGAGGCCGAGGCGCCAGGGCCCGCGCGCAGAGGCCGCAGACGGAUCCACGCCCCUCGUGCAUCCUGGAGUGGGGCUGAUGACGAACACAGGGCGCGACGGACGCACACACCGCCCCACGCUCGCACGACGGGCCCCUUUCCUGGGCGUUUACUGGCGGGGCCCCCGCCCCGGUUCCCGGGCGGCACGAUGACCGACACCCGGCGGCGGGUGAAGGUGUACACGCUCAACGAGGACCGGCAGUGGGACGACCGGGGCACCGGGCAUGUGUCGUCUGGCUACGUGGAGCGGCUGAAGGGCAUGUCUCUGCUUGUCAGGGCUGAGAGCGACGGUUCUCUACUUUUAGAGUCCAAAAUAAAUCCUAACACCGCAUACCAGAAACAACAGGACACUCUGAUUGUGUGGUCUGAAGCAGAAAAUUAUGACUUGGCCCUUAGCUUUCAAGAAAAAGCUGGAUGUGAUGAAAUUUGGGAGAAAAUAUGUCAGGUUCAAGGAAAGGACCCUUCCGUGGACAUCACUCAGGACCUUGUGGAUGAAUCUGAAGAGGAGCGUUUUGAUGAUAUGUCAUCACCAGGCUUAGAAUUGCCAUCUUGUGAAUUAAGUCGCCUUGAAGAAGUUGCAGAACUUGUGGCAUCAUCUUUACCUUCACCUCUUCGUCGUGAAAAACUUGCACUGGCACUAGAAAAUGAGGGUUAUAUUAAAAAGCUCCUGGAGCUUUUUCAUGUGUGUGAAGAUUUGGAAAAUAUUGAAGGACUGCACCACUUGUAUGAAAUUAUCAAAGGCAUCUUUCUCUUGAACCGAACUGCUCUUUUUGAAGUUAUGUUCUCUGAAGAAUGUAUAAUGGACGUCAUUGGAUGUUUAGAAUAUGAUCCUGCUUUAUCACAACCACGAAAACACAGGGAAUUUCUAACAAAAACAGCCAAGUUUAAAGAAGUGAUUCCCAUAUCAGAUCCUGAGCUGAAACAAAAAAUUCAUCAGACAUACAGAGUUCAGUAUAUACAAGAUAUGGUUCUACCAACUCCUUCGGUCUUUGAAGAAAACAUGUUAUCAACACUUCACUCUUUUAUCUUUUUCAAUAAGGUAGAGAUUGUUGGCAUGUUGCAGGAAGAUGAAAAAUUUCUGACAGAUUUGUUUGCACAACUAACAGAUGAAGCAACAGAUGAGGAAAAAAGACAGGAAUUGGUUAACUUUUUAAAAGAAUUUUGUGCGUUUUCCCAAACGCUACAGCCUCAAAACAGAGAUGCUUUUUUCAAGACUUUGUCAAACAUGGGCAUAUUACCAGCUUUAGAAGUCAUCCUUGGCAUGGAUGACACACAGGUGCGAAGUGCUGCCACUGAUAUAUUCUCAUACUUGGUUGAAUAUAAUCCGUCCAUGGUGCGAGAGUUUGUCAUGCAGGAGGCACAGCAGAAUGAUGAUGUAAGUAAGAAGUUAACAGAGCAAAAAAUAACCAGCAAGGAUAUUUUGCUCAUCAACCUCAUUAUAGAACAUAUGAUUUGUGAUACAGAUCCUGAACUUGGAGGAGCAGUCCAACUUAUGGGCCUGCUUCGAACUUUAGUUGACCCAGAGAACAUGCUAGCCACUGCCAAUAAAACAGAAAAGACUGAAUUUCUGGGUUUCUUCUACAAGCACUGUAUGCAUGUUCUCACUGCUCCUUUACUAGCAAAUACAACAGAAGACAAACCUAGUAAAGAUGAUUUUCAGACUGCCCAACUAUUGGCACUUGUAUUGGAAUUGUUAACAUUUUGUGUGGAGCACCAUACCUACCACAUAAAGAACUACAUUAUUAAUAAGGAUAUCCUCCGGAGAGUGCUAGUUCUUAUGGCCUCCAAGCAUGCUUUCUUGGCAUUAUGUGCCCUUCGUUUUAAGAGAAAGAUUAUUGGAUUAAAAGAUGAGUUUUACAACCGCUACAUAAUGAAAAGUUUUUUGUUUGAACCAGUAGUCAAAGCAUUUCUAAACAAUGGAUCCCGCUACAAUCUGAUGAACUCUGCCAUAAUAGAGAUGUUUGAAUUUAUUAGAGUGGAAGAUAUAAAAUCAUUAACUGCUCAUGUAAUUGAAAAUUACUGGAAAGCACUGGAAGAUGUAGAUUAUGUACAGACAUUUAAAGGAUUAAAACUGAGAUUUGAACAACAAAGAGAAAGGCAAGAUAAUCCCAAACUUGACAGUAUGCGUUCCAUCUUGAGGAAUCACAGAUAUCGAAGAGAUGCCAGAACACUAGAAGAUGAAGAAGAGAUGUGGUUUAACACAGAUGAAGAUGACAUGGAAGAUGGAGAAGCUGUAGUGUCUCCAUCUGACAAAACUAAAAAUGAUGAUGAUAUUAUGGAUCCAAUAAGUAAAUUCAUGGAAAGGAAGAAAUUAAAAGAAAGUGAGGAAAAGGAAGUGCUUCUGAAAACAAAUCUUUCUGGACGGCAGAGCCCAAGUUUCAAGCUUUCCCUGUCCAGUGGAACGAAGACUAACCUCACCAGCCAGUCAUCUACAACAAAUCUGCCUGGUUCUCCGGGAUCACCUGGAUCCCCAGGAUCUCCAGGCUCUCCUGGAUCCGUACCUAAAAAUACAUCUCAGACGGCAGCUAUUACUACAAAGGGAGGCCUCGUGGGUCUGGUAGAUUAUCCUGAUGAUGAUGAAGAUGAUGAUGAGGAUGAAGAUAAGGAAGAUACGUUACCAUUGUCAAAGAAAGCAAAAUUUGAUUCAUAAUAAUGGCAACGGCCUAGGAUCAGUACCUGUUGAAAAAAACUGGUUCUGCACCCCUCCCCCAUAUAAAAUCCACAACAAAGCGCAGUGGUCUCUUGUGAAUGACUGACACAGAUCAGCCUCUUACACUUGACUUCUGCUCAUCAAGUGCCAAUUCAAUGGAGCAGGAGGAGGGGAUAUCAUACAUUUAGGGGAAAGACUUAAGCCUUUGAGCUCUCCAGCUUGGACCACACAUUGCCCUUUUCUCAGGGAAGGAAAUGGAAACAAAAAGCCAACAGGGCAGGGGUUUUGUAAGUGGAACUCUGGAUUGACUGGUCAGUUGCUACAAUCAGAAUAUGCUUUCUUGGACCAUGUUUGAGACUCAGAAGAAUGGGCCUUUCUGCCAUAAUUCUUCACUAGUCAAGAAUGCCAGCAGUUUCUUUGUAUAAAGAGACCUGCCUUUAAAAUCAUACAUUCUGAACAUUUUAGUCAAGCUACAACAGGUUUGGAAAACCUCUGUGGGGGAGGGGCGAGUAUAAAGUUUUCCUCUUUUUUAUCUGUUCCCUUGGCCCUUCAAACUGCAGAUUUUUUUUUUUUUAAGUGGGGACUUCUCCCUACUUGAUUAAAGAUUGAGUGGAAUUCUAGAUGUGGUCAUUUGUGUCAUAAUUUUUUUCUUUGUUUUUGAUUUUUUUUUUUCCUCCCCUGAGUGUAUGCUUAGUUGUUGAGUAUAUAUAUUUGGGACCAUUAAAACUUUUUUUGAUGUAAUAUAACCUAACGUUGUGCUGGUACCUGUUUUACCAUGUGUAAUUUUUGUUCUACAUCACAGUUCUUAAUUUGUUUAGAGUUUUAUGAAAGAUGGUAUAGUUUUUAUUGACAAAAGCAAAGUAAUCUUACAACUAUGUGCAUACAAAAGCAAUACUAUUUUGUGACUAAAUAUUUUAUAUUAAAAUUUACAUCAGCAACUGUCUUGAGAAUUCAGGGAAAUAGAGUGGAAUUUAAAACUUCAACAGUUUUGUUAAAUCUAGAAACAUGAAAUUAGUAUUCCAAAGAGAUUCUGAAAUUUCUUUUCUUGGGGAAACGACGGUACAUUAAAUCAAAAUUGAGGAUGGAUGAUUUAAAAACAUUUGACUUUUGAAUAAUAAAAAGAAAAGUGAAGAGUAA